AAAUAAAGCAAAGAUGUUAUCAGCUGGCGUCACAGAGGCAGUUUUGAAAUUUCUUAAAUCUGAAAUGCCCCCGGUUCAGUUCAAACUCCUGGGAACAUUAAGAAUGUUAAUAGAUGCACAGGAAGCUGCUGAACAACUGGGAACGAAUGUUAAAUUAGUGGAGCGUUUGGUGGAAUGGUGUGAAGCCAAAGAUCACGCUGGUGUCAUGGGGGAGUCAAACAGACUGCUCUCUGCCCUCAUAAGACACAGUAAAUCAAAAGUAAGUCCCGGAGGAAACCGUUCAUUUAUUUAUGAAAUAGAUUAAAAGAAGAUGAAAAGAGAAAAAGCUUAAAAGUAAAGGUAUUCCUUGACUUGUGUAACUCUCCUUCAUAAAAUAAUUGACUUCACCGUAGUAACUAUUCCAGCUGGUUGGCCACAGGAAUGUUCCUCCCCAUCAGAUGCUACCUCUUGGCAUCUUUCC